GCUCGGCGCAAGCUGAACCCAGCCCGGAGACUGCAGCGAGGGAAGCGAGGCAGCCCACGGCCGGCCGUCAGCGCUGCGCUGCUGGAGAAGCGCUCAUCAAUGGCCGAGAGCUCAGCUGUGGCAGCGGCAGGGACAGCAGCACCAACAGUGCUAGAUGAGCUUCUGGAGAUCACAGCUCAGAGCCUGGUGCGCACCGAGGUGGCCGAACACUAUGAGGUUAUCAAGGAGCUGGGCAGGGGCAAGUAUGGCCACGUGAUGCUAGUGACCCACAGGCAGAGAGGGACUCCUAUGGCUCUCAAGCUGCUACCCAAAGCCAGUACCAAGCUGCACACCUUCCUGUACGAGUAUUGCGUGGCGCUUUCCCUUGCCACUCACCCUGCCAUCAUCGGCAUGUUUGGAAUUGCCAUUGAGUCCAGCCAAUACUAUGGCUUCCUCUAUGAACCAGCACUGCACAAAGACCUCAUUUCUAUCAUCAAACCCCGGGACGGUAUCCCCGAGCCAGCCGCGAAGCAGUGUGCCAAGCAGCUUGUGAGCGCGCUGGAGUUCAUCCACAGCCGAGGGCUCGUGUAUCGUGAUGUCAAGCCUGAGAACGUGCUGCUUUUUGAUCCCGAGUGCCGGCGCAUCAAGCUGACUGACUUCGGGCUUACACGGCCUAAGGGUACCAAGCUUAAGCUGGUGGCAGGGGUAAUCCCCUACACCGCCCCCGAGCUGAGCAACACCACUGAUGCCCAGGGGGUGCCCAUUGACACCAGCUUGGAUGCCUGGGCCUUCGGCGUGCUGCUUUUCUGCCUGCUGACAGGCUACUUCCCCUGGGAGCAGAGCCUGCCAGAUGACCCCUUCUUUGAGGACUUCAUGCUGUGGCAGGAGACAGGCCUGGAGGAGGACCUGCCCCGCCACUGGAAACGCCUGACGGCUGAGGCUGCCCUGAUGCUGCGGAGCCUGCUGGCCCUAGAUCCCACCAAGCGUGGCCCUGUCAGUGGGGCGCUGCGCUAUGUGGAUUGCCCUUGGAGGCUGGAGGAUGGGCACAGCGAGGAGGCUGUGGUGAAGCCCUAGAGCCUGCUCCCCAUGGGAGGAGGGAAGGCAUGCCUCACCUGGCAAGGGGCUGUGGGGUCUGGGGCAUUACAAUGGCCCGGGCGUGAGAGGCCAUGAUGACCCAGAGAGCAACUUUUCUGCAGUACUCUCCCUGCUGUCAUGGAGCCAGGCUCCUUCCCCCCCUGAUGGUCCUAACCCCAUGGCUGCCCAGUGCAACUUCCUCGUGUUUCCUUGGGGCUCGAAAACAUCUCCUUCCUCUUGGAAAUAUCUAUCUGCAUGUGAGGCACCUCUCGCUUCCUGACAACAGGGACUCCAGGGCAUUUUCUAGG